GCUAGUCAUGCUGCAAAGAUUUAUUUCUCGCAAAUUGCUUGAAAAAGUUUCACCUUCUAUUCAUAAAUCAGCUGUAAUGUCCUCCUUAAACCCAGAAGAUUCUUGGUUGGCAGAUGAUCCUCCUGACCCAAAAGUGAUACAACUUUGUGGGUUGGACAAUAAAGCUAUUAAUACGGCUCGUCGGCUUCUAGAGCAAGGGGAAGUUAUAGCUGUACCGACAGACACUGUGUUUGGUCUCGCGUGUGAUUCAUCAAAUACCGCAGCCAUUAAUAAGCUCUACGAGAUCAAAGGUCGAGACAAAAGUAAACCUUUGGCAAUUUGUGUGUGUGCUGUGAGUGAAGUUAAGAAGUACAGCAAGACUACUUACCUCCCUAAAGGAUUGUUGAAAUCGCUUUUGCCCGGACCAGUAACAGUGAUUUUGGAACGAAAACCGAGGCUCAAUCCGGACUUGAACCCCGGAAUAACAAACGUCGGUAUCCGUGUUCCAGGGACCAUUUGGCACCCGUUCAUUGAUUUUGUUACGUCAGCGCUUGGCCAACCUCUUGCUUUAACCAGUGCUAACCUAAGUAACGAGCCAAAUUGUAUUCAUGUUGAAGAAUUUAAAUCACUAUGGCCUAAACUGGGUGGAGUUUUUGACACAAGCAUUAACAUGGUAGAUCACGGAUGGAAUACAGCUAGAGAAGGCUCUACUAUAGUGGAUCUUACUGAACCCGGCAGGUAUAGGAUAGUAAGAAAAGGACUCGGAUAUGAUAGAGCAAUCACAAAAUUGAAAAAGUUCUUUUUGGAAGAAGUUGAGUAAAGCUUUUAAUUUUAUUUAAUUUACAACUUUAGUUAAUUGCAUAUUUUGCAAUUAUUUAUAAGUUAUUCUCUUCCCCUUGUAAUUAGAAUAAAUAUGUUCUUG